CAGAACAGUCAGAUCAGUCAACAGAUAAGGACAGAAGUGGUGAAUCCUUUUGAUUGAAUGUGAUAAUAAACGGCAGAAAAGGAAAAGAGCACUUCACCUAAACAAGUUGGCACAGGGGCAGUUCCUCAUGUCCUGUGAGACGAUACAUUUUAGUGGUGUGACCUUUCACAAAGCAUCAGAUGGAAAGAAAACACCAAACUGACGCUGAUCCUGUGCAACUUCAGUAGCAGAAUGAAGAGGAGGAGGAAGCAGUGAGUUACAUCCUGAAGAAACAAAUCCAUCCAGUUUCCCAGUAAGCCAGUCAGUUAGAUGGAGAUAUCCAGUUAUGACGAUGGAGAAAAAUAAGAAAACGCUUUUGUUGGUGCUUCAUGUUGCUCUGUUCCAAGUCUGUGUUGUUCAGAUGGAGAAAUGUCAGAGCUCUAUUACAAGUCUCACCUGCUACAAUGACUACAGGCAUAAUAUAACUUGCACGUAUGCAUCUGACCAUGCAGAUAAUGUCUGCACAAUACACGCUGACAUGAUCAUUCCAUCCUUAAAAGGUGACAGUGAUUCCUGUAAACUGGAGCCCUUUGAUGUUUCCAGACCAGAGCUGAAGAAAUGUUCCCUGAUCUUAAAUCGGCAUAGCACAUUUAAGACAUUUACUACAUUUUCCCUCAAUCUGACCUGUGUCAGAGGACAAAAUUCAGACAUGUGUUACAAGCCAGUUAACCACAUAAAGCUGGAUCCUCCAGAGAAACCAAAUGUCACUAAUACCACUGUCUCAUGGAAAGCUGUAAUGAAAAGAAAAAAAUUAAGACCAGAAUUUGAGCUGCAGUGGAAGCGAGAGGAUCAGUCAUGGAGUGAUCCCUCUGUGCAGAAGGACACGAAACGAUGUGAUGUUGACUGUGCAGCAGAGCUAAACCCAGACACACUGAUACAAGAUGAGAGCUACAGGGCGCGUAUUCGAGUAAGACCUGAAAUUCGCAUGGAUGACGGUUCUCUCAUCCCGUCAACAUGGAGCGACUGGAGCCCCACUGCAUCAUGGGUGUCACUUGUAGGAAGAACUAAACAAAAAUCAGAUGCAGUUGGUGUUGGGUGGUUUAUUGCAGCAGCUGCAGCUGUAUUUGCCUUGUUUUUGGUUUUAUUUUUUAGGACUGACAGAACCACCUGGGUUUAUGUGAUCAAGUUAAUGAAAGGACCACCCCUCCCAUCCUCUCUGCAAGAUGAAAAAUUUCAGAAAUGGCAAAGCUCUUUCUUCACCAGUGAGUCGUACCUUUCCUUCUUAAAACCUCUGGAUAUAGAUUCUGUAGAGGUAACCUGCGCUGUGGACGACAUCGCCCCAUGCAAACAAGAGCUGCUCCCCGUGGAAAAGAGCAUCAAGGAGUGCUCCCAGGAGUCGUCUAGUUCCAGCUUCUCCAACCCCAGUUACUCUCAGCUGUGUCCUGUCCGUCCCAUCUGUUCGCUCUCUGCAGGGAACCUGGAGCCCUGCGCUGCAGACUCGCCUUAUGGGCCUGCAGGGGGUGACGGCCAAAGUACAAACCCACAACAGGACGUGGAAAAGCAAAGAGGGAAAGGCAUAAACAUCAUGCAGUUGCUUUCUAAAGCCAAUAAUCGUGAGGCUGUUCCGGUGAUCUCAGACUAUGAGAAAGUUGAGAAAGUCCAGGUUGAGCGUGACAGGCUGCAGAGUGUAGAUUCAGGCAUGUGCAGUGGAGAAGAGGUGAGUCAGGAGAGUCUGGAGCCGGACAGCAUCACACAGAGCCUCGAAGAAGAGCCAGAAAGCAAGAAACAGUGGGAGGAAGGGAAUGGAGACUGUCUUCAGAAGUUAUUUGGUCAUUCAAACAGUGGAGAUAGUUUUAAUAAAGGGUCGAUUGAGGUUUGCUCUGAUUAUGAGCAAGUCCAGAAGCUGCAGGUUGAGAUCCCUGAUGACAUGAGUGUGGAUUCAGACCAGGGCAUCAGCAGAGACCAGCAGCUCAGUCACCACCACAUCCUGUCCACUCCGUCCACAUGCUCUCGGUCUGAUCCUCCUACUGUCUUACUCUUACCCUCUUUCACCCCAUCAUCACUAAACUUCACCAGACCAGGGUCCAGUCCAGGUCCUGGACCACUGGCGGCUCUGAUAGACCGGACUGUGAUGUCACAUAACAGCUCGCUGGAGCCCUCUGCUGACGGAUAUCUGCCAGUGACGCAGGAAGAGAACUAACGUCACCAUGUUCAGAGGAGUAACAGUAGUACUAUAGUGUCUAUAUUUAUCACACAAUCACAGUUACUAUCUCAUUAAUAUCAUGUGUAUUGGAGUGUCUGUACAUGUUUAACAUAUAAGCGUCCGCUGUGAGGAUUUAGGAGGAUGACGCAGAUAUGUAAAAUGGUAUAUAUAAUCAUGUGUUCAUAUAGUAUGGCUUUCGUUACCUUAGAAUUUGACAUUAAUUUGUCUAGUGGGAGUGGAUGGAGUCCAUCUAUUACUAGUAGCUUCAUUUUGUUCUUUCCUGUUUUGUAGGUGUUUGUUAUAAUGUUAAGGUGUACUUCUAUAUCUAUGUUUGUGUAUGAACCAGAGUUAUCAUCCACUUAAACAAAAAGUCAAAAAUGGACAAGUAAAUACUGAUGUUAUAAUUAAUGAUAUUAUUUUCCAUAACGGCCAAAAGAGCCUCUUAAAUCCUCUUGAAAUAGUGGAUAUUUAAAGGUGGCUCAUCUGAAAGGGCAUGUUUAAGUAAAUGCUAAGCUUGAUAUUUGACUGAAUGUAUUUUUACAAUAUUUGUAAAAUGUAUGUCGGAAUAAAACAGCUGAACUGCAAA